AUGCCUUCUGAAUCCGAUGCCAUACCGGAGACUCCUCGAGUCAUUCCUCCUUCUCCGGCUCUAUCUGAGCGGCGGUCAAGCUCGGGCGAUUAUUUUGGACCUACAACCCGCUCCGCGGCACGACGACAGCGACUGGGGGAGGUAACGGAAGAAACACCUGAUAACUCAAAUUCGGAUUCGAAGCGCUCACGCGCGCGGUCUCGUAGCCCAAGUUCUCCAGAGUCUACAAGGCGCCGUAACCGAAAAUCCAACCCCAAGUUGCCCGCUGGAAAGCCCAAGAAACAGACGAAUGGUCAUGCGGAGUCCAACGGGUAUCUAUCACCUGUCGCGAAACCCGGCGGCAGCUGGCACGACAUCUCUCGAUCUCCUUCUCCUCUCGGUCUCAUACCCCUCCACAGCCGCUAUCGCUCCUUUAUCCACCGUCAUGAGAUUCCGCGCAAGCUCCUCCAUGUAUCGAUCGGCUUCCUAACCCUCAACCUGUACAGCCGCGGCAUUCAGACUCUCCAAAUUACACCAUGGCUCUUCGGAGCUCUCGUGCCGAUCGCCACAGUAGAUAUCAUCCGUCACCAUUCCAGCAAGGUCAACAACUUAUAUAUUCGCUGCGUUGGGGCUUUGAUGCGCGAGACAGAGGUUUCCGGCUACAACGGCGUGAUCUGGUACCUUGUGGGUACAUAUGCAGUACUGCGCUUCCUCCCCAAAGAUGUCGGAGUUAUGAGCGUGCUGCUCCUCAGUUGGUGUGAUACUGCAGCCUCCACAUUUGGUCGUCUCUACGGCCGUUACACAUUUCAGCUGCGCAAGGGCAAGAGUUUUGCCGGAACACUAGGAGCCUGGUUUGUUGGCGUUCUGACCGCCGCCGCAUUUUGGGGAUACUUCGUACCUUACAUUGGAACCUUCCCCAAUGAUCCCGAGGGGUCAUUCAUGUUCACCGGUCAGCUUAACCUUCUUCCUAGCUCGAUCAAGAACCUCAUCGGCUGGAAUGCGGACACCCCCAACGCCGUUAUUUCGGGCCCGUUGGCCCUCGGCGUCAUGAGCGUCGUCUCCGGCUUAGUCGCCGCUGGAAGUGAGUUCGUGGACAUAUUCGGUUGGGAUGAUAACCUUACUAUACCGAUUUUGAGCGGUAUCGGAUUGUGGGGUUUCCUGAAGGUCUUUGGUUGA